CCCCCCUGCUCCGGCAUCGUCAUCAUUGUCACCGUCAUUGUCACCGUCAUUGUCACCGUCAUUGUCACCACUGUCCUCCUGCUGCCACCGGCCCGCGGGCACUGACACCUGUGUGGGUCCUCAGUGUCCCAUGUCCCCAGUUGUCCCCUCUGUCCCCCACGUCCCCAGUGUCCCAUCCCAGUGUCCCCGCUGUCCCCAUGUCCCCUCUCCAGCCGGGUCCGGGCUGGCCCUGCCCGUGGGGAUGUCACCCGCUGUCCCCAAGGCGCUGUCGGGACCCGUCUGUGUCGCUGUCCCCCCUCCCCCGCGGUGUCACCCGGCUGGGGACAAGCUCGUGCCACCUCGCUCGUGCCACCUCAGCAGCCACCCAGAGCCUUCCCCCUUUGUGUCCCCAACAAUGGCAGGGCCACGUGCCAGGGGCCCUGUCCCCUCCCGGGGGACAGCGCGGGGACACGGGGGGGGACAGGUGGCGAUGGGGCAGCGACACAGCGGCUGCUGAAGGCGGGGAUGCCGGUGGCCGGGGGGCUGCUGUGCGGGGCCAGUGGCCUGGCCCUGCUGGUGGCCGCCACCGCCACCCAUUUCUGGGUGCAGCGCCGGGCUCCGGGGGGCACGGCCAGCCUGGGGCUGUGGCACGGCUGCCUCGGGGGACAGUGCCACCCCCACGCCACCACCCCAGCCCUCCUGGAGGCCACGCGGGUGCUGAUGCUGCUCUCGGUGGUCGCCGCCGCCGCCGGUCUCGCCCUGGGCGUGUCCGUGGGGACCGGCGGGGGCCGGCGGGCGCGGACACGAGUGGCCGGGGCCACCCUGCUGCUGGCGGGGCUGCUGGCGCUGCUGGGGCUCGGGCUGGGCUCGGGGGGGGCCCUGGCGCUGCUGGGGCCGCUCCGCAGCUCCUGGAGCUUCUCCUGGUCCUUCAUGCUGGGCUGGGCCGGAGCGGCGCUGCUGGGCUCGGCAGGGCUUUUCCACCUUUGUGCGGCUUCCAAGGAUCCGUCCCCGCAGAGCUCCGAAGUUGGGGAGUCCUGAGGGGUCCUGGGAGGGGGGUCCCCGUUUCCCCCCUCAAUUUUGGGGUCCCCCGGGUGCGGUCACUGCUGUGCUGAGCUGGCUCCGGCCUCUGCUGAUCCCCCUCCCUCCUCUUUCCCGUUUUUCCCCCUUUUUCACCAAUUUUGCUGUGCCAAUAAAUGCCGCCCACCCCCAAACUCCCCGUGGGUUUCCCUGUGGGAUCCGGGGGAAUUUGGGGAUCCCAAAACUUUUGGGGGUGUCGGUGACAGCUCCAGCCCCCCCUCCCCAGGUGUGGGAAGGAACCGGGAUAUGGUGGGGGGCACUGGGGGGCAAAUGGGAAGGAUUUGGGGGGCACUGGGAGCACUG